AUGUGGAUAUUUGGAUGGAAAGGGCCAUCUGGAUUCUCAGCCCGCUCUACAGCUGAGGAAGUUACUCAAGGAAUUGAUGGAACUGGUCUCACAGCAAUUGUUACAGGAGCAUCGAGUGGUCUGGGUCUGGAGACAACACGUGUUCUAGCCUUGCAUUGUGUUCAUGUCAUCAUGGCAGUAAGAAAUACAGAGGCUGGUAGGGAUGUGAGAACAGCAAUACUUAAGGAAAUCCCCACUGCCAACAUCAAUGUCAUGGAACUAGAUCUCAGCUCAAUGGCAUCAGUAAGAAAAUUUGCAUCGGAAUAUAACUCCUCUGGUCUUCCAUUGAAUAUCCUGAUUAAUAAUGCAGGGGUUAUGGCAACUCCUUUCAUGCUUUCCCAAGACAACAUUGAACUGCAGUUUGCAACCAACCAUUUAGGCCAUUUUCUUUUGACCAACCUUCUAUUGGAGACCAUGAAGAAGACAUCAAGGGAGAGCAAAAAAGAGGGAAGAAUCGUGAACUUAUCAUCAGAGGCUCACCGAUUUGCAUAUAGUGAGGGGAUUCGUUUUGAUAAGAUUAAUGAUGAAUCAGGAUACAACAGUAUAUACGCUUAUGGACAAUCAAAGCUAGCCAACAUAUUGCAUGCUAAUGAGCUCACAAAGCACUUGAAGGAAGAAGGAGUUGCUAUAACUGCUAAUUCCCUUCAUCCUGGAUCAAUUGCUACCAAUCUUCUACGCCACCACAGUUAUAUUAAUGUCAUUGCCAGCACGCUCGGUAGAUUGAUGCUUAAAAAUGUUCAGCAGGGAGCAGCAACUGAAUGCUACGUGGCAUUGCAUCCGCAAGUUAAGGGUGUCAGCGGCGAGUAUUUUAUGGACAGCAACAAAGCCAAUCCAACCUCUCAGGCUAAAGAUCCAGAACUGGCAAAGAAGCUAUGGGAUUUCAGUUUGAGCCUGACGGAUCCAAAGGGUGGGAUAUUUAGCAAGAAAGGAGCAUCUGGGUUCUCUGCUUCUUCCACAGCAGAGGAAGUCGCUGAAGGGAUUGAUGCAACUGGUCUUACCGCCAUUGUUACAGGAGCUGCAAGUGGUAUUGACGUAGAGACAUCACGUGUUCUUGCGUUGCAUGGUGUCCAUGUGGUUAUGGCAGUAAGAAACAAGGAUGCUGGGACGAACGUCAAAGAAGCAAUUCUUAAAGAAAUCCCAAGGCUAAAAUUGAUGUCAUGGAGUUAG